AUGGGUAUUCUUGAAAAAAUUGCCGAUAUUGAAAAAGAGAUAGCAAGAACACAAAAAAAUAAGGCAACUGAAUACCAUUUGGGUUUAUUGAAAGCAAAAUUAGCAAAAUUUCGUCAAGCAUUACUAGAAGGUGAUGCUAAGAGUGGUUCUGGCAAGGGUGAAGGUUUUGAUGUUGUCAAAUCCGGUGAUGCACGAAUAGCUUUAAUUGGUUUUCCAUCAGUCGGAAAAAGUACAUUAUUAAGCACAGUCACACGUACGGAAUCAACCGCUGCUUCAUAUGAAUUUACAACAUUAACGUGUAUUCCGGGUGUAAUACAAUAUAAUGGGGCUGAGAUUCAAUUACUCGAUUUACCUGGUAUCAUUGAAGGCGCCGCUCAAGGCAAAGGUCGAGGACGUCAAGUUAUUGCUGUAGCUCGUACUGCUGACAUGGUUUUGAUGAUGUUAGAUGCAACCAAAGGUGAAAAGCAAAGAGAAAUUCUUGAAGAUGAACUUGAAAGUGUUGGUAUUCGAUUAAAUAGACGUAAACCAGAGAUAUAUUUUAAGCCAAAAAAAACUGGUGGUAUUAAUAUAACAAGUACAGUACCAAUGACAAAAUGUUCAGAAAAAAUGAUUCAAUUAAUACUUCAUGAAUAUAAAAUGUUUAAUGCACAAGUUCUUUUUCGUGAUGAUUAUACAAGUGAUGAAUUUAUUGAUGUUGUUGUUGGUCGACGUGUUUAUAUGCCAUGUCUUUAUGUUUAUAAUAAAAUUGAUCAAGUAUCAAUUGAAGAAGUUGAUCGACUUGCUCAUUUACCAAAUUCAGUUGUUAUUAGUUGUAAUAUGAAAUUAAAUAUUGAUUAUAUGCUUGAAAGUAUAUGGAAAUUAUUAAAUUUAAUACGUGUUUAUACAAAAAAACGUGGUGAAAAACCUGAUUUUGAAGGAGGAUUAAUUAUUAGAAAUGCAACAACUGUUGAACAUGUCUGUCGUAUUGUUCAUCGAACAUUGGUUGAUCAAUUUAAAUAUGCACUUGUUUGGGGUACUUCAGUGAAAUUCUCGCCACAACGCGUUGGUCUUUCACAUGUUUUACAGAAUGAAGAUGUCAUUUGUUUAGUGAAGAAAUAA